CUAGAUGUGUGAGACAAAAAAAGAUAAAAAAAACAUUAUAGGUGGAUAAGUUUAUCCUUAUAUCCAACACCACCACCAGCUGUAGCUAGUUGCUAGCAGCAAAGAAGCACAUCCAAUUUGUGUCUUCUUGUUUGCCCAUCCAACCUCUUGUUCUAUCCUCUUCCUCUCAUAACCGCACGACCCUUACCCUCCUUCCCUUUCUCUGGGGCUUGCGGUAGUGGUUGACGGAGGGAGGUAUAGCGGCGGUGAAUCCCACUAAUUUCAAAUCCGAAUCUGCUUCAAACUGAAACCUCAGUUAACGGUUAUGGCAACUGUGGCCUCUGAAGCCGCAUUUCUUAGAACAGCUCACGACGUUGCAUCCUCUUUCUAUUCAAAACGGCAGCACCAUUCUCUGGUGACGACGAAUAAGAAGCCACAUGCUGAGCUUCUGUUUUGUUCUUCCAGAAUUAGAGCUUGUCACUCCAUGCCUGACAACAAGGAUGUCUACAAACAAGUAGGUUUAUUUUCUCUAAGAAGGAAAAUUGAAGAUGCUAUUCUUCGUGCUGAGAUGUUCACAUCAACAGCCUUAGAAAUCGAAGAAGCCAAGCGAACUAAGCACGAAGAAAUUCUACGUGCUUUUGAUAUGUGGGAUGAUCCAGCUAAAUCCAAUGAAAUUCUUGUCAAGCUGGCUAAUAGCAUCAAAGUGGUUGAUUCUCUUAAGGAUUUAAGAUACAUGGUAGAGGAAGCCAAGUUGAUCAAGCACUUAGCUGAGGUGAAUGCUAUUGAUUACGGGCUCUACAAACAAGCAUAUGAUGCAUCUUUGGGUGCAAGUAAGAUUUUGGAUCAAUAUGAGAUGUCUAAGCUUCUUAAGGGACCAUUUGACCUGUCGGGAGCUUGUUUGAUUAUAAAAGCUGGAACUGGAGGCAUCUAUCCUAAGCUCUGGGCAGAACGACUCCUUAGCAUGUAUCUUAAAUGGGCCAAGAAACAAGGUUAUGAGGGAAGGAUUGUUGAUAGGUAUCCAUUCAAGAACGGAGGAAUUAACUCAGCAAUGAUAGAGCUUGAAUUCGAGUGUGCUUAUGGCUAUCUUUCAGGGGAAAAAGGAGUUCACAAACUGAUAAGUGAUUCCCCGAAUGAGUCUUCAGAGCUUGAGGCUAGCUUGGCAAUUGUAGAUGUUAUUCCCAUGUUCCUUGAAAAUCCGUGUGAUCUAGAAAUUGAUUCUGAGGAUUUGAUUAUCUCAUCGCCCUCGAUUCCGGCAGAACAGAAGAAACAAACUGGUCUUACAGUCUGCAUUCAACAUAUACCAACUGGCAUAAGUGUCCAGUCCUCUGGUAUGCCUAUAUUUGAGUUAAAAUAUUUACAAUUUUGUUGUCUGAAGCUGAAAUUGCAAUGCCCCACAUGUUCUGAUACGUAAUUUUUCUCCCUUUGGUCAUUGAUGAUCUGCUACUUUACUUGCAAUAUAGCCCAAUUACUUUGCAUUGAAACAUUUGCAAAAUUAUUUUCCAUCUCUUCCCGCUGCAGUCAUGAGGGAAAGUAUCAUUGCUAGAGCUUUCUGCCAUCACUGAUUUUGGAAUAUACUGCAUUACUUGUUGCAAUAGUAUCCUUUUUAAAAACAUAAAAAAUAAAGUAGUUCUGCUAAUUUCCGAUGUGAGAAAUCGGGAUACCUGCCGUCACUGUUAUUUUAGAUAACUAAUGGGUAACAAAAGUCAAAAAAGAAGGGAACCUUGGAGCAACGGUUGAGUUGUUUCCAUGUGACCUCAAGGUCACAGAUUCAAGCUGUGGAAACAAUCACUAAUGUAAUUAUCAGGUUACGGUACGUAAAUUACAUCCUUUGGGUGCAGCUCUUUCCCGGACUGUGUUAACAUGGGAUGUUUGUGUACCGGACUGUCCUUUUUUAGUGGGUAACAAAAAGCUCCUCAUGCCACAUUGUGGAUUCUUUGCUAGUUCAGAGAGAGGUAGAUCCUGAAAAUUACAAGACAUUAUUUUCACCAAGUAUUACUUUAUUGUAGUAACUGUCAGUUACUUCAAGUUGUUUUAAGUGGUUCUGCUUUAGUUUUCUUUAAGGAAGGUCUCGAACUUUGGAUAUGGUGGACGGUGGAAAACUGGUGCCGGUAGAGAUUUACUUCUAUAGUUGGUCAUCCUAGCUUGAACCAAAUUAAUUAGAUUUACUUCUAAAAAUUGUUGCUAUAUAAAGGUUGAAUAAGCAUCAAUAUUCACUGUAUCUUACCCCAAUCUUUGGAUUAAGGACUCAAAAUUGGGCAUGACUUGUCUAGGAAAUUAUUAAUGUGAUAGAUAUUUAGAGGUCAUAUGAUUCUAUUUAACAACUUCUGUAAUGCUCGCUUUGAUUUAAACAAGGUCGCAAUUACAUUAAUUUCUAACAUCACUUGGAGAAGUGUUUGUUGGGGAUAAAAAAUUGUUGUCAUCAGUCAUCUUUAAUCUAUUAAUAAUAUGACAGAACUUAAUAACACUA